UAUCCUGUCACGGGUCAUAAUCAGAUAAGCGCCGGGAAGCACAGCCUUGACCCUGUAUGAUAUCAACAUGUGUUCGUAGCUCGGAGUUGUGCAGCACGCGCCGACCGUUUGACUGCUUUCCGGUCCAUUAGCACUACAACUGUCUCAGACUCCAACUUCCUACUUGUCACUGCUGCAUCUGCAGCUCGAGCCACUGGUGGCUCAUGGCUCUCUCUAGCUCGGACUACCCUGCCGGCUUGCGCACAAGCCUCGACCAAUGGACGGCCCAGAUCCAAGCUGGCACUGUCCUUGAACCGGUGAAGCGUGCCCUGGUCGAAGGGACCACCCGCCUGCUAGGGCUAUAUGACGUCGUUAGGGAACAACAAGAUGAUUCCCGGGAACUGGCUGCCAAGGCUUCCCUAGUUGACCAACUUGUUCUUCGCCGGAUCUCCGCAAACGCCGACUUAGGACCUACCGAAGUAUCCCUCAUCCAAGAACUGACCGACGCUAUAGGACAAGUGGAUGUCUUCAUACGAAAAAGCCAAAAGUCGCUCGGGCACGUGCGCAGGCUGGCCUUUCCCGAUGAACUGGCAAAAUUGCGCAAGAAGCUGGACGGUAUAUGCUCGACCUAUAUGCUGGUCUAUGUGAGUGAUAUCGAUGACCGUGUGAGAGUAUUAGAGCGUGGGGCCGCAGGUUCCCUCUCCCAGAUCCCCGCCCACCUGCCACUAGCCGACCUCCCUCCUCUCCCCUCAAACUUCCACGGCCGCGGUGCCCUCCUCUCCCUCCUACUCACCCUCCUCCAGUCCAAAGCGCACAUCCCCCUGCUCGGCCCCGGCGGGAUAGGCAAGACCUCUCUCGCCUCUGCGCUCCUGAACGACCCCAGCAUCCGAGCGCGCUUUGGCGAAAACAGGUUCUUCAUCAGCUGCGAAGGGCUCGUUACUGCCGAAGGAGUGCUAAACGCGCUCGCCGCUGCGGUCGGUCUCCGCCCGCAAGCAGACCCCAGACGCGCACUCUUCGCCGCUCUGGAAACCACCUCCUGCGCCCUCUUAGUGCUUGACAACCUGGAGACUGCCUGGGAAGCCGAGCGUGUGCAAGUCGAAGCCCUCCUCGGGAAGCUCGCACAGCACCCCAAAGUCUCUCUGGUGAUAACGAUGCGCGGUGCUCUCCGACCCGGAGGGGUGAGCUGGGCCGAAGGCUGCGAACCCCUCGCCCCGGUAUCACUUGCCGCUGCGCGGGAGAUCUGGAUUGGGAUCGCCGGCCCCGACGGGGACCCGAAGGCUCGAGACGACCUCCUCCUCCGGCUGGACGGGCUGCCACUGGCGAUCACGCUCCUCGCGCACCAGGGCCAACUGCUUUCCCCUUCCGAGCUAUUGGACGCGUACGAAAGCGAGAAGACGGCGCUGGUCGAGACGGGUCGAGAGCGGCUCACGAGCUUGGAAGUCUCCAUCCGCCUUUCACUUAGCACACCCUCGGUCGCCCAGAAUCCCGAAGCAAGGAAACUUCUUUCCCUCCUCGCGCUCUUACCUGAUGGCGCGCCUGUUGCUGCUCUGCGGCUGAUGGUACCCUCCAUGUUGAACUCGAGGAAGAACGCACUUGUCCUACUCGCUGUCGCCCUCCUUAUCCGCAACAAUGACAGAAUCCGAUGUCUGACCCCGAUCCGGGAUUUCAUGCUGGACCAUUAUCCGCCCGACCCGAGCUCGUUCCAGGAACUGCGGACCUAUUUUACCAACAUGACCGCCUCUGUGCACCAGAUCAAUGAUAAUCCGAAGGAGACGAUCGGUCGUUUGUCUCCCGACUUUGGGAAUAUCAACUCCGUGCUGAUGUAUUCCUGGACAUUGGCAGCUGACAAGCCUAUUAUGACCAUCCUGCUCACGUCUACCUUGCAGCUUGCGCAGUUUUCCUACCUGGCUACUUUCGGGGACUGCACCAGCCUCCUCACUGGCGCGAGGAGCGCGCUUCAGUCCAUACACUCCGAUCUUGGGAUCGCGCUAUGCACACAACGACGCGGAAAGAUCCUCACCGUCCGCAGCCGAUGGCUCGACGGGAUGACAAAUUUCGAAGAAGCGCGCAAGUUGUUCGAACUUGUCGGGGACCGGAUGCGCACUGCCGAGUGUAUGCAGAGUAUCGGCGGCGCACUGUACAUGCUCAGCCGGUAUGAUGAAGGUAUCGACAUCCUCAACAAGGCAAAAGCGGAAUUUGAAGCUCUGGGGGUACGAUACGGAGCUGCGCAAUGUAUGCAUACGCUUGGGGAUACGUUCCACAUGCUCGAUCGUUACGACGAUGCCCUCUCUACCCUCAGAGCGGCCAAAGCCGAAUUUGAGGCCAUUGGUGAACGCCGCUUUGCCGCUUAUUGUGCACGGAGCAUUGCCGAAGUCUUGGUUAUUACAUCGGACAAUAAAGAAGCAAUUUCGAUGUUAGAGGAGGCACAGACGCAGUUUAAGGCUCUUGGUGAUCGAUCUGGUGCUGCGCACUGUUUGGUCAGCCUUGGAAAUGUCCAAUCUAUAGAAAAUAAAACGGACGACGCUUUGAAGAACCUCGAGAUGGCCAGAAACCAGUUCACGGCGAUCGGAGACGAGUUCGGUAAGGCACAGUGUGCCCUCAACAUUGGGAACGUCCUCCUCGAUUCGGACCGGUAUGAAGACGCGCUAUCAAACUUGUACGAGGCGAAGGCCGAGUUUGAAAGACUGGGCGGCCGAACGGGUAUGGCACAGUGCACGCAAUGCAUCGGGAAAGCAUUAACCAGCGUUGCUAAAUAUGACGAUGCUGUCUCUGCGCUGGAAGACGCGAGGGCGCAGUUCAAGGCCAUGGGACAACUGUUCGGAGAGGUGGCAUGUGUCACACUCCUGGCUACUGUGCAUGUUCAAGCGAAGAGACCGGAAGACGCGAAACGGAAUUACGAGGAAGCACGGGAGAUGUUUGGGCGCUUGGGUCUCACGGAUCUCGUGACUCAGUGUGACGAGGAAAUAGCUGGUCUUGGGACACAGAAUUAAGUUGGAUGUUGAAAGCAUAUGCAUGGAUGGACACUUUGAGAUUUCUGAGAUGCAACAGCUUUUCAUCACUCCAGCCUCCUUCAUGUCACAUAUCGUUGUAAGAGCCGUUAACGUUGUAUAUC